AUGGCUCAGACUCCCACUUUCAAGCUCAUCCUCGUCGGUGACGGUGGUACCGGCAAGACCACCUUCGUCAAGCGUCACUUGACCGGCGAGUUCGAGAAGAAGUACCUUCCCACCGUCGGCGUGGCGGUUCACCCCCUCGAGUUUCACACCAACUGCGGUCCCAUCCGCUUCGACUGCUGGGACACCGCGGGCCAGGAGAAGUUCGGCGGCCUCCGCGAUGGCUACUACAUCCACGGCCAGUGCGCCAUCAUCAUGUUCGACGUGACCUCCCGCACCACCUACAAGAACGUGCCCACGUGGCACCGUGAUAUCACCCGCGUGUGCGAGGACAUCCCCAUCGUCCUCUGCGGCAACAAGGUGGACGUGCGCAACCGCCAGGUGCGCGCCAAGACGAUCACCUUCCACCGCAAGAAGAACCUCCAGUACUACGAGCUCUCCGCCAAGUCCAACUACAACUUCGAGAAGCCCUUCCUCUACCUCGCGCGCAAGCUCGCGGGCGACCCCACCCUCCAGUUCGUGGAGUCCCCAGCCCUCGCCCCGCCCGAGGUCACCAUCGAUCCCGCGGAGCAGGCGCAGUACGAGGCGGAGCUCGCCAACGCCGCCGCGCAGCCGCUGCCCGACGAGGACGAGGACCUCGGAGACGCGUAA